UCGGGGCUCAUCUACGAGGAGACUCGCGGCGUGCUGAAGGUCUUCCUGGAGAACGUGAUCCGUGACGCCGUCACCUACACGGAGCACGCCAAGAGGAAGACGGUGACCGCCAUGGACGUGGUCUACGCCCUCAAGAGCCAG